UCCCUCCCCAUCAGAGUCAUUAGAAAACCAGCAGGGAGGAGGCAUUUGCUCUCUGGUCCCAACCCUGGCUGUCUAGCCCUCACCCCGGACCCAUAUGGAGGUGUUAAGUGGAUGGGUAGAAUCCUGUCAUCUCAUCUGGGCCAAACAGAAGCUUGCAUAUUGCUGGAGCUGCCAUGUCAGAAGGAGAGAGCAAGGACAGUGUGGGCAGUGAGUGUCCUGUGUGCUAUGAGAAGUUUCGGGACCUAGAGGGAGCCAGCCGGACACUGAGUUGCGGCCAUGUCUUCUGCCAUGAUUGCCUUGUCAAGUACCUGCUUUCAUGCAAAGUGGACGGACAGAUUCAAAAGUCCAUUGUCUGCCCUAUCUGCCGUUAUGUCACCUUCCUCAGUAAGAAGAGCUCCCGCUGGCCCUCAUUAUCAUCGGAAAAGAGCUCUCAGACCUUGACAGUCCCUGUGGGCUUGGAUAACCUGCCUUCUCUGGAUGCUUUGGGACACACAAACCCUCUGACCAUUCCCCAUCCUCUCUGGGUUCCUUCUCAGAGCCAGACAAGAGUACUCAAUCAAAGCCCCCAACUUCCUAGGGACUUGCUACCCAACUUAGUCCGAGAGCCCCAGAUCUUCAUCAUUAGUAGACAUGGGAUGCCACUAGGGGAAGAAGACAGUGUACUGCCCAGGCAGAGUCUAGCUGACCUCUCAGAAACAUCCCCAGCACCGAGCUCUUCCUGCUCACGCUGCUGCCGUUCUCGAAUGUUACUGCUGAUCACUUUUAUUACAGUGGUGGCUGUGAUAGCUACUAUCCUGCCCUGGGUCCUAUUGGUGAGGAAGGAGGCAUGACUUUGUCUGGGGAGGCAUCUGUAUAAUGUCCCAUUAAAGAGCAGGCCUAGAAGCUGAGAAGUUUCUGAGCCAGACAGGAACACAGAAUUCAGCCUCACAUAACCAUGGCCAUUUUCAGCAUUAGAAGGGAAAGAAUAGAAAUCUUGAAGGACCCUGAACACAAUGCUAGUUCCAUCUAACCAAGUUAUUUGGAGUUCUCAAACAGGACAAGAUGAGAGAUCUAGGAGGAAGUCUUAGCAUAAUUCUGCUAUAGAACUGGGGAAAGUAGUGAGAUUUUCCUACCAGUUAGCCCAGGAGGGAGUCAGGGCAAGGAAUUAAGGACAAGACAAAAUCCAUCUUCCUGUUUGGAGAUGGAGAUUCUGGAGGCUAAGACUAGGACUUGAAGGGUUGGUCCUGUAAGAAUAGUAUAUCAGAGAGAAUUGUAACUCCAGGAGCCUACUGUGAAGCCUGUGCUUAAACUAAAGUCAGCUAAUAAACAUCCCUUUUCCCUCCAGUCUGACUUCAGAGCACUGCUCAUGAAGAGGAAGGAUUCCUACUCCAAUGACCCAGGAACAGAAGACAUCUGAUCCACAGACAGCCCCCAUACUUGAGACUCUGAUAACCUUCACUUCUACUAUGAGACCCCAAAGAAGGAAUGGCAUUUGAGAAAGCAUCUUAAUAAGUCAGAGCCACUCCUUCCUCCAAUAAACACUUGCUAGGAUUACUGGAAAGGUCUUUCCUUCCCAUUCAGGUAGAAGGGAGCCUAUAGGAAAGCUGAGAAUGUUGAGGCUGUUCCUAUCCUCUUCUUAUAGGAUUCUAAGCCUUUCCCUUUCCCUCCAAAGAAGGCACUAUUGCUCACUGAUCUGGCAUGAGAUCACAGGCAGGGCUCACUGAUACAAAAGAAGUUCUGUCUUGCCUGGAAAGCUUCAGCUAGAGAAGAACGGGUUAGGGUUAUAGGGGGCUCAGAGGCAAGUUCUCCUCAGAUCUACCCAGACAAUCAUCCAGCACAUCUUAAGGCUGAUAGAGAUUGCUGUACAAGAUGAGAGACUGAAGAAGAUACAUACAGCUUAUCAUCUUCCAAAAGAAAUGAAGGAGUUGGUCCAAGGAAUUUAGAGAUGUCCAUAGUGGAUCCAGGAACUGAGGUCUCAGUACCAUGUUCUGAUGACUAGAAGCUAAUAAAUAAUAAUUUCCAUGUAUACAAUACUUUAAAGUUUAUAAAGUAUUUUACAAAUAA